AUGGCUAUGGAGUCUGCCAGCUUUGAUGCUCUGAUAAUCAGUUUUCGGGAGAGAUUCCUAGAUCAAUAUGCGAAUUCAAUCAUCUUAGUACACAACAACUUCAGCGGUUCUAUUCCAAGGUGUUUUGAAAUGCUCAAUUCUUCUCUUUGGAUCUUGCAUCUUCGGAAUAAUAGUCUCUCUGGUGUUUUCCCAGAAGAGAUUAUCAGUGCUAACUUGAUAUCACUUGAUGUUGGUGGCAACCAGUUAUUAGGAAAACUUCCCAAGUCGCUGAUCAACUGCACUCAUCUCCAGUUUCUGAACGUGGAAGAGAACAGAAUCAAUGACAAGUUUCCAUUUUGGUUGAGAUCGUUGCCCAAUCUGCAGAUUCUUGUCCUUCGUUCAAACGAGUUCCAUGGGCCAAUAUUAUCUCCUGGGGAUUCUUUGAGUUUCCCCAAACUACGAGUUUUUGACAUUUCAGAAAAUCGUUUCAGUGGAGUCUUGCCAUCAGAUUACUUUGUUGGUUGGAGUGUAAUGUCAUCGGUCGUAGCCAUUGUUGAUAUUACGCCUGGAUAUGGGGUUUUAGGAUAUGACCGAGACUCCUAUCAUAAAUCUGUGGUUCUGACGAUUAAAGGAUUGGAAUUGGCACUGGUAGGUAGUGGUUUCAAAAUCUACAAAACCAUCCAUGUCUCCGGAAACAGACUCCAACGAGAUAUUCCAGAAUCUAUCGGUUUACUCAAGGAACUGAUUGUGCUCAACAUGUCAAACAACGCUUUCACUGGCCAUAUUCCACCAUUUCUGUCAAACUUGACCAAUCUCCAAUCACCUAGCCCAAACGGAUUGUGGAUUUUAGCAGGUUAUGUCUGCGGAUUGACGGAUCGGCCUGCGGUCUUCAAAUAUUAG